GACUCUACGUGACGACUGGAAGAGGGGGCAGCGCUUCUGGUCGGAGGCGCAGCGGUGCAGGACAGUUCAGCAGAGCAGAGAGGAGAGGUGCAGUGCGGGAGAGACGGUGCUCAUCCGUCAGCCAGCUGGAGGAACCCUCACUAACAAACCCUUAUGGCUGCUUGAGAAAUAACGAAACACCCCCCUCCCCCUUUUUUCUCUCUUUCUCUGGGACUUUUUUGCUUUUACUAGUUUUCUGAGUUGUUGCAAGUCUAAAUAGUUGAAAAGUGAAUCCACUUGCCGUGGACGUCUCUGGCGGUCAUGGAUACCCAUAUAAGAUGGAAAGUUAAACGGAGGAUAAGGGACGCCCAAAUCGCUUUAGCGGUGAUUUUGCUUUUUGUCAUAUGGCAAGCAAGUUCAGCGGAACCAGCAGACCUCUUGAAGAUUUUAGAGUUUCACAGUUUACCUGAGGGUGUUACAAGAACAACGGGUUUCUGCUCACAACGGAGGUCAACACAAGGACCUGAUGUGGCUUACAGAGUAUCCAAAGAUGCCCAACUCAGUGCCCCCACCAUACAGUUGUAUCCAGGUGAUGGUUUUCCAGAGGACUUUUCCAUCUUGGCUACAGUGAAGCCCAAGAAGGGCAGCCAGUCCUUCCUGUUGUCUUUGUACAAUGAACAGGGCAUCCAGCAGCUCGGCUUGGAAGUGGGACGCUCUCCCGUAUUCCUGUACGAGGAUCACAUGGGCAAACCCAGCCCUGAGGACUACCCCCUCUUCCGAGGAGUCAAUCUAGCAGAUGGAAAGUGGCAUCGAGUGGCCAUCAGUGUGCACAAGCAGACCAUCACCCUCAUUCUGGACUGUAAAAAGAAGACCACCCAGAAGCUACUCCGAAGCCCCAACCCCGUCAUCGAUACCAAAGGAAUUAUAGUGUUUGGGACUAGAAUACUUGAGGAAGAAGUCUUUGAGGGAGACAUCCAGCAGCUAAUGAUUGUAGCAGACCAUCGUGCUGCCUAUGACUACUGUGAGCGCUACAGCCCCGACUGUGAAGUGCCAGUGCUCGACCAGCCCCAGAACCAGGACUCCAAAACUGAUGACAAUCAGCCCACAGAGGAGGACAACUACUACUAUGAAUAUCCCUUCUAUGAUGACUUGGAAGGGAAGCCUCAUAAAUCAACCACUGACACUGAGACGACCACAGGAGAUGUCAAAGUGACAGAUGAAGACAGUGUGGUGUCUGCAGCGAAGAAGGUUGUGAGGGGUGUUGAGGACAAAGUCCCCACUAGCUCACCUGGCAAUGCCACCGAUUAUGUAUACAACUAUGGAGAGGAAAACGGCUAUGACAGCAACUACUACGAGUACGACACCGAGCCCACAGCGGCACCUGAUGGUGACACCUCUCGACGUGUUACCAUCACUAGCACUGACUUCGGGAGUGAGCUGGAUCUAGGAGCAGGAGGGAAUAUUGACUUGAGUACAGGGGCUGGAACUGAAAGGCGUGUCAUCACCAGUGCAGGAGGACCUUCAGUAGUCAUCUCCAACAAUAAAACAUCAGUGGGAAGUUCAUAUGAUGACUACGGCGGUGCAUAUGAAUAUGGUGACAACAACUAUUAUACCACUGAUGGAGCUGGAGGCAGCAGCAGUACAGUUCACACUGAUGGUGCUGGAGGCAGUAGUAGCAGCACUGUGCACAUCAGCGGUGGCGGGGUUGGAGCCGGUGGCGGCAGCGACAGUACAGUCCACAUAGGCGGUGGAGGUGGAGCUGGCGGCAGUAGCAGCGGUACACUUCACAUUGGUGGUGGAGGAGGCAGCACCGGUAGUUCUACCAUCACCACUGGAGGUGGGUCUGCUGGAGGAGGUUCUGUGUCUGUGGGAGGAUCUUCUACUGCUGGAGGUGGAUCGGCCAGCGCUGGUACUGGAGACAGGAGGUCCACCGAAACAGGUCUCGGUCUGGAUAAUGAGGGUGACUACACUGACCUAGACGGGUUCAAGGAGGAACAACUCACCGAGUAUGGCGAUUUAGAAAACUAUGGAGACUAUUCAGACCUGGAUUACAAUGACAAAGAAGGCAACGUGCUUCCUGCUCAGACCGAUGAGUAUUAUGGACAGGUCGAUGGUGCUCGUGGCGAGAAGGGACAGAAGGGAGAGCCUGCUGUUAUUGAGCCUGGAAUGUUAGUGGAGGGUCCGUCUGGGCCUGAAGGGCCACCAGGUCUCCCCGGACCCCCAGGUGCUUCUGGCCCACCAGGCAGUCCUGGAGAUCCUGGAGAGAGGGGUCUUCCAGGUCGCCCUGGUCUUCCUGGUGCCGAUGGUCUGCCAGGACCCACUGGCACUGUCCUUAUGCUGCCUUUUAGAUUCAGUGCUGGAGGUGACUCUGGACAAAAGGGACCUGCUGUAUCAGCACAGGAGGCCCAGAUGCAAGCCAUCAUGCAGCAGGCCAGGCUGGCUAUGCGCGGUCCUACAGGUCCAAUGGGUUUGACUGGCAGACCCGGCCCUCUGGGUCCUCCUGGUGUCACAGGACUGAAGGGAGAGUCUGGAGAGGCAGGACCUCAGGGACCUCGUGGACCUAUGGGAUCCCCUGGACCUUCUGGAAAGCCUGGCAGACGGGGACGUCCUGGAGCCGAUGGUGCCAGAGGCAUGCCUGGACAGUCUGGACCUAAGGGAGACAGAGGGUUUGAUGGUUUGGCUGGACUUCCUGGUGAAAAAGGACACAGAGGUGAACCUGGCCCCUCUGGGCCUCCUGGUGCUCCUGGAGAGGAUGGAGAGAGGGGAGAUGAUGGAGAGAUUGGACCCAGAGGACUUCCUGGUGAACCAGGGCCUCGUGGUUUGCUGGGACCAAAAGGACCUCAGGGACCUCCCGGACCUCCUGGUGUUACUGGAGCAGAUGGCCACCCUGGUCCAAAAGGAAACAUUGGUCCGCAAGGAGAGCCAGGACCUCCUGGACAGCAAGGCAAUCCAGGUGCCCAGGGUCUCCCAGGACCUCAGGGAGCCAUUGGACCUCCAGGAGAGAAGGGUCCUACUGGAAAGCCAGGUUUGACAGGAGUGCCAGGAGCUGAUGGUCCACCAGGUCACCCUGGAAAGGAGGGGCCUCCUGGAGAGAAAGGACACAUGGGCCCUGCUGGCCCUCAGGGACCUAUUGGUUAUCCUGGGCCCCGAGGCAUGAAGGGAGCCGAUGGUGUGCGCGGCCUCAAAGGAAACAAGGGUGAAAAGGGAGAAGACGGCUUCCCCGGCUUCAAGGGAGAUAUGGGUGUCAAGGGCGACAGGGGAGAGCUCGGACCAGCAGGACCCAGAGGAGAAGACGGGCCUGAGGGGCCAAAGGGACGCGUAGGUCUCCCAGGAGAUGCUGGUCCUCUUGGCCCAUCCGGUGAGAAGGGUAAACUUGGAGUUCCCGGAUUGCCAGGAUACCCAGGAAGACAAGGACCAAAAGGAUCUCAGGGUUUCCAAGGUUUCCCUGGUGCCAAUGGAGAGAAAGGAACUCGGGGAACAGCAGGAAAGCCAGGCCCACGUGGACAGAGAGGACCAACGGGGCCUCGAGGCGAGAGAGGACCAAGAGGACCAACUGGAAAAGCUGGACCUAAGGGUAACUCAGGAAAUGAUGGUCCACCAGGCCCUCCCGGUGAGAGGGGUCUGCCAGGACCUCAGGGACCAACAGGUUUCUCAGGACCAAAGGGCCCUCCUGGACCUCCAGGGAAAGAUGGGUUGCCUGGACAUCCUGGACAGAGAGGAGAGACUGGAUUCCAAGGCAAGACUGGCCCCCCUGGUCCUCCAGGUGUGGUUGGACCUCAGGGACCAACCGGUGAGACUGGACCAAUGGGAGAUCGUGGUCAUCCUGGACCCCCAGGCCCACCUGGUGAGCAGGGUCUACCUGGAGCUGCAGGAAAAGAAGGAGCUAAGGGUGACCCUGGCCCUAUUGGCUCACCGGGUAAGGAUGGCCCUCCUGGGCCAAGAGGCUUCCCUGGAGAUAGAGGUCUUCCCGGCCCUGUGGGUGCUCAUGGCCUGAAAGGGAAUGAGGGUCCUCACGGCCCACCUGGCCCUGCUGGUUCUCCUGGUGAGCGAGGUCCUGCCGGCCAAGCUGGACCUACAGGUCUUCCUGGACGUCCUGGCCCACAGGGACCUCCAGGCCCUGCUGGAGAGAAGGGUGGACCGGGAGAAAAAGGACCUCAAGGCCCAGCUGGAAGAGAUGGCAUUCAGGGACCAGUGGGUCUGCCAGGACCUGGAGGACCUCCUGGACCACCUGGAGAGGACGGAGACAAGGGAGAGAUCGGAGAGCCAGGCCAAAAAGGAAGCAAGGGUGACAAAGGAGAACAUGGUCCACCUGGUCCUACUGGCCCUCAGGGGCCUGUUGGAGCGCCUGGUCCUGCUGGUGCAGAUGGUGAGCCCGGUCCCAGAGGUCAGCAGGGUCUGUUUGGCCAGAAGGGAGAUGAAGGAGCAAGAGGAUUCCCUGGUCCUCCAGGCCCAGUUGGGCUGCAGGGCUUGCCUGGUCCACCUGGUGAGAAAGGUGAAACUGGGGACGUUGGUCAAAUGGGUCCACCCGGCCCCCCUGGUCCAAGAGGUCCCUCAGGACCCCCAGGAGCCGAUGGCCCUCAGGGACCUCCGGGUGGCAUUGGAAACCCUGGCGCUGUUGGAGAAAAAGGCGAUGCUGGUGAAACAGGAGAGCCAGGUCUUCAGGGAGAAGUUGGCCCACCAGGUCCAAGAGGAGAGCGAGGUGAGAAGGGAGAGGCCGGUCCAGCUGGUGCAGCUGGACCUCCUGGCCCUAAGGGUCCCCCUGGAGAUGAUGGUCCCAAAGGCAGCCCAGGUCCAAGCGGUUUCCCUGGUGACCCUGGUCCCCCUGGAGAGCCUGGUCCUGCUGGGUUAGAUGGUCCACCUGGUGACAAGGGAGAUGAUGGAGAGUCUGGUCAGGCUGGUUCACCUGGACCCACUGGAGAGUCUGGCCCCCCUGGACCACCAGGAAAGAGAGGCCCCCCUGGAGCAGCAGGACCUGAGGGAAGGCAAGGAGAAAAGGGAGCCAAGGGAGAGCCUGGUUUGGAAGGCCCCCAAGGAAAGACCGGCCCUGUUGGCCCUCAAGGAUCACCUGGCAAGCCUGGUUCUGAAGGCCUCAGGGGUAUCCCUGGCCCAGUUGGAGAGCAAGGUCUACCUGGUUCUCCGGGCCCAGAUGGCCCUCCUGGACCCAUGGGCCCUCCUGGUUUGCCUGGCUUGAAAGGAGACUCUGGUGUCAAAGGAGAAAAGGGCCAUCCGGGUCUUAUUGGUCUUAUUGGACCCCCAGGUGAACAGGGAGAAAAGGGGGACAGAGGUCUUCCUGGUCCUCCGGGAUCCUCUGGUCCCAAAGGAGACAAUGGUAUUGCUGGUCCCCCAGGUCCAAUUGGUCCCCUCGGUCCUCCAGGAUUACCUGGUCCUCCUGGUCCAAAAGGAGCUAAAGGGUCAUCGGGUCAAACUGGACCAAAGGGAGAGACCGGUACACCUGGACUUCCUGGCCCCCCUGGCCCACCUGGUGAUGUUAUUCACCCACUCCCAAUUCAGGCUCCCAUCAAGGGUAGAGCACGUAGGAACAUUGAUGCUAGCCAGAUGGUGGAUGAUGCACCUGUGGAUGCCAACUACAAGGACUACGAUGAUGGCAUGGAGGAAAUCUUUGGCUCACUCAACUCCCUUAAGCUGGAGAUUGAGCAGAUGAAGCACCCACUGGGCACACAGACCAAUCCUGCUCGUACCUGCAAGGACCUGCAGCUCUGCCACCCUGAUUUCCCUGAUGGUGAAUACUGGAUUGAUCCAAACCAAGGCUGCUCGCGGGACUCCUUCAAGGUUUACUGCAACUUCACAGCAGGUGGAGAGAGCUGCAUCUUCCCAGAUAAGAAGUCUGAAGGGGCUAGGCUCACAUCUUGGGUAAAGGAGAAUCCCGGCUCCUGGUUCAGUGAAUUCAAACGUGGUAAACUGCUCUCCUACGUGGAUGCGGAGGGCAACCCCAUCGGUGUGGUCCAGAUGACUUUCUUGCGGCUGCUGAGCGCAGCAGCCAGACAGAACAUGACAUACAACUGUCACCAGUCGGUGGCCUGGCACGACCAAGAGCAGGACAACUACGACAAGGCCAUCCGCUUCCUGGGCUCCAAUGAUGAGGAGAUGUCUUAUGAUAACAAUCCCUACAUCCGCGCCAUCGUCGAUGGCUGUGCGUUAAAAAAGGGCUAUGAAAAGACAGUACUAGAGAUCAACACACCAAAGGUGGAACAGGUGCCAUUUGUGGACAUCAUGUUCAACGAUUUUGGCAGUUCUACACAGAAGUUUGGAUUUGAAGUGGGCCCUGUCUGUUUCCUCGGCUAAGACUGUUUACUGAGCAAAUGGAGAAAAAAAAGCAUAUUUUUGUUUUCUCAGAAAAAUAUGAGACAGAAUAGGACAAUUUUAUUUGUAAAAAAAGUAACUUUUUCCAUAAAGCAACAAGUAUGAGUAAAAUUAAAUCAAGUUGAAAAUACAGUGAAAUUUUAUAAGAAUAGAGGAAAAAUAACCUUGAAACCUCAGUGUGCCUUCUCCAUCACAUGCAAGUUUUGAAACUGGAUGUCAGGUCCUGCCUCCUGCACAACACACCUAGCUCUCACAUGCACACACACACACACACACACAAAUGAAGCCCCAUGUCAUCACAGUAGAUUUACAUGUUUUUUUGUCCCAAACAACAAAGGCGACCCUGAGAGCUGCGGCCGGGUUCCAGAUGGUCGCAGUAUUUGCCACGGACUCCAUGUGAUUUUGGUCUUUUCUUUUCUUCAGCUCUGCUCUCUUGUUUGCCCUCAUCUCCCUGGCUUUUUCCACUUGUCUCUUGUUGGUUUGUUUGCUCAUUCAUU